AUGUCCCUCGCAAAACCCCCAGUCCCCCUCCGCAAAUGCUCACGCCUCCUCCCCCUCCCAAUUCUUCCCUCAACCCGCCUCUCCAUCACCACCACCAACCAAUAUAACCACCAACCCCCAACUACAAGAACAACCAGAACACCACCAAGCAAACAAUUCCACACAACCCCCAAACCAAACGCCGCCCGCUCCCCCUCCGUCCGCCGCGCCGAAGCAGCCCAAAAACGCCCCCAACAACCCCGAAUCGCAGCCACCUACACAGAAGACGGCCUCCUCAAGACCCCAGCACAGGGCGACCUCCCUCAGCGCCUGCGAUUCCUCGAUACCGCGUCUAAAACCCUCCAUCAGGAAGCGCGCAGAUAUGGGGGCGUCACGGUCGAUUAUCCGACUUUUGUGCGCAUCGCGAAAGAGCUCUUUAAUGUCGCGUAUAUGUAUCCGCCGGCAGCGGGUCUUGUUUUGAGGAUUGAUGGGGGUGAGUUUACUUUCAUUUCCUUUCCUUUCUCUUACUAUGAUGUACCCUUGAAUAAUCUAUAG